GGUGGGGGAGAAUAUAAUCCGCCGAGGCCUUCGCGGCGUCCCAGCCCCACGAGGAAAGGAGGAAUGGUUGGGCCCGGUUUCCUUCCAGCGCCGCGGCUGCUUCCGGGAUACCGCCAUGGGGGAGGAGUGAGAGAGGCGCUCUUGCUGCUGCUGCUGCUGCCGCCGAAGAGCCCGCAAGUGGCCCGCUAGAGUUUUCAGCCUCCCCGAGUUUCUGCAAAGCGGCACCCGCCUCCCCAGGGAGCGGCCGACGGCGGGCGCCGGGUACAUGUUCCGGGGGGCUGAGCCCAACCCGAGCAGACCUCCGGCCGCCAGGAAGAGCUGGCAUUUCAGUAAGACCAUGGAGGAACUAGUUCAUGAUUUGGUUUCAGCUUUGGAGGAAAGUUCAGAACAGGCACGAGGUGGUUUUGCCGAUACAGGAGAUCAUUCUCGGAGUGUCUCUUGUCUUCUAAAACGCCAAGCCCGAAAGCGAAGGGGAAGGAAACGACGUUCAUUUAAUACCCACCAUCCUUGGGAGACUGGUCAUUGUUUAAGUGAAGGGUCUGAUUCUAGCCUUGAAGAACCAACCAAGGAUUAUAGAGAAAACCAUGUUAAUAAUAAGAAAGACCAUAGUGACUCUGAUGACCAACUGUUGGUUGCAAAACGCAGGCCAACUUCAAAUUUAAAUAACCUGCGAGGCAAAAGGCCUCUUUGGCAUGAAUCUGAUCUUGCAGUUGACAGCUUGGGAAAUAGGACUCUCCGUAGACGACGAAAGGUGAAACGAAUGGCAAUUGAUCUACCUUCUGAAGUAACAAACACAUUGACAUUACCACAACAGUAUGAUAAUAUUAAGGAUCAAGAUAUGGACAAUGACAACAGGUCUUACCAGCAUCAUGAACUAGCAAAGAGCAAAAUUAAAAAAAGGAAACUAGCAGCAAGUAGGCAAGGACCAGACAUUUUGGAUGAAGGAGUGGUCAUAGAGAAUGAUGAAAUCCACCUGGCAAACAAGGAUAAAAUGGAAUAUGAGGAACAAAAGGGCUCCGAUGAAAACAUGAGUGACAGCGAAUCCAGCAGUCUGAGCAGUAGUGAUGCUGGUUUGUUUACCAAUGAUGAGGGAAGACAAGGUGAUGAUGAGCAAAGUGACUGGUUUCAUGAAAGUGAACCUGGAGGUGCCUGUGGAAUCACUGGAAUCAUUCCUUGGUGGGAAAAGGAGGACUCUGCAGAACUGGAGAAAGAGUUACCUGAUCCAGUCUUUGAAAGUAUUCUAACAGGCAGCUUCCCUCUUAUGUCCCAUUCAGGAAAGAGAGACUUCCAGACACGAUUUAGUCACCUUCAUGGAAUGCCAGCAAGGAACAUCAAAAAAGCUGCAGGAAACCCAACCACAAUGAUUACUACUCCAGGCUCAUGCAGCAACAAGAAAACUGUACACUUGUCCCAAGAGUCUCAUCAUCAUGACCAUUGGUUUAGCCCUGGGGCUAGGAAGGAACACAGUCAGCUUCAACUCCUCCGGGACAACCGAUCAGAAAGAGGACACAAGAAAAACAGCUCAGUGAAAACAGCAAGCAGACAGACAAGUGUCCACUUAGGAUCUUUAUGCAUGGGUGAUAUCAAACGAAGGAGAAAAGCUGCACCACUACCAGGACCCACUGGGUUCGUAGGCGAAAACGCUCAACCGAUCUCAGACAGCAAUAUUGGCAAUCGAAUGCUCCAAAGUAUGGGAUGGACACCUGGCACUGGCCUCGGACCAGACGGCAAGGGGAUAGCUGAACCCAUUCGAGCAAUCCAGCGGCCAAAAGGACUCGGGCUUGGAUUCAGUUGACUGAAAGUCACUCCAGCUGCUGUCCAGACAUCAAGACUACCAACCUUAACUUUGAUAUAUCUGAAAACAUUCUAUUCAGCUGUUGUCUGAUUACCCAGUGAUUCUUUCUGUAGCUUUUGAGUACAGAAGUCUCAUUGUUUUCUGUUGAAGCAGCAAGAGGCCAACCAGUUGGGCAGGCCUGAUGUUUUAAUCCCGAAUCUGUAAUGGUGCUAACAUUUUAAAUUGUACUUUUAAAACUAAAUCUGUAGUCUUAACUAAUUCUGUUGUCAAAGAUCCCAAGAAUUGGCUGGACACACUCUUUCUGUCCCCUUCAUGGUGGGCUUUCCAACAUGCAUGUGCACCUGAAUCAAUGGUUCUUAACCUUGGAUUACUCUGGUGUUUUUGAACUGCAACUCCCAGAAACCCCAGCCAGCACAGCUGGU